AUGCGUUUCUCAGCUACCAUCGUCGCGCUUGCGGCUCUCGCCUCGUCUGUUGUCGCCCAGACUGCCGGCUUCGAUGUCAUGACCUCGCCCACCCAAGACCAAGAGAUCCCCGCUGGAUCCUCGUUCGACAUCGUCUGGACCCCCGGAUCUGUCGAGGGAACCAUCUCAAUUACUCUGAUGCAAGGAGAGGCCCCAAAGCUCCUCCUUCUAGGAGAGACCGUCGCAUCUGGAAUCAAGAACAGCCUUGGUAAAUUCAAGUGGACCGUCCCAUCUACCUCCGCCUUCAAGACAUACGGCUUCCAGCUCACCCUCGACUCCGACCCAACCACAUUCCAGCGCUCGUUCCCAUUCCACAUCACCGGGGGAUCUUCCUCUUCCUCUUCUGCCAACGACACCUCAACUGCUGCUCCUACCAAGAACUCCACUAGCAGCACUGCCAGCGCCACCUCCACCUCCUCGUCCUCCAAGAAGUCCAGCUCGACUGCGCACGCGACUAGCACCGCCAACUCAACCAGCUCCUCUUCCGCCGCCCCAACCGCCGGCCCAUCCUCCAACCUCACCUCCACCCUGACUACCGUAUCAGCCCCCAAGACUGGAAGCCCAACUGGUGGCAGCCCCUCCUCCACCGGAUCCAACGCCCCCGUGACCAGCAAGAGCGCCGCUGCCGGCAACGCCAUCUCCGGCGGUCUUGCUAUGGUCGGUGGAUUGGUCAUCGCUUUCGCUUUGUAA